ACACACACACUGACCGACUGAAACUCGCCGCUUUCCGCUGAGAACCACAGCGUCUCCUCACAUCGCUGGAAAACAUCACAGAAAAUGACACUGAAAAAGAUUUCCCCGACGGUCCAGACCGUGGAAGGACAGGUGCCGCCAAGCUACGAAGAGGCCAACGCAGGAUGUCCUGGUUACUACUACGGUGAAGGAACUUUUUCCUGGGAUGACAAAUAUAUUAGACGAAUCUUUAUACGAAAGGUUUAUUCCAUUCUGAUGUUGCAGCUCUUCUUAACAGUCGCAGUCAUCGCCCUCUUCACCUUCCAUGCUCCAGUGAGGAUGUACAUUCAAACACAUCCGAUUUUGUACUCCAUGUCCAAUCUUCUGUUUCUCAUCACAUAUUUCUCAUUGGUUUGCUGUGGUGAUUUGAGGAGGAAGUUUCCAUGGAAUUUUAUUCUGCUUACAAUCUUUACUCUGAGCAUGGCUUCCAUGUUGGGUUUUAUCUCCAGUUUCUACAACACCAAGUCUGUGAUGCUGUGCAUUGGCAUCACUGCCACCGUGCUUCUGUGCGUCACCAUCUUCAGCUUUCAGAGCAAGAUUGACAUCACCUCAUACCAAGGUGUUCUCUUCAGUCUGUGUAUGGUCAUGUUCUUCUGUGCUAUUGUCAUGGGAUUCGUGGUUCCCUUUGGCUAUGUCCCCUGGUUACAUGCGGUCUAUGCUAGCAUUGGAGCUGUGGUGUUCACCAUGUUUCUAGCCUUCGAUUUGCAGAUGCUGAUGGGGAACAAACAAUACGCCAUGAGUCCUGAAGAGUAUAUCUUUGCCACUCUGAGUCUCUACCUGGAUGUCGUGUACUUGUUCACGUUCCUGCUUCAGUUGUUUGGUGAUGGUCGAGAAUGAGCCGCGGUUGUGUAGUAAUAUUCUCCAUCACAUACAAUAUUAAUGUUCCAAACUGUUCUGCAAACCCAAUGUAUGUGGCCUUUUAUGUUUCGUUAGGUUGAAGGAAAAUCAACACUGUAAAGUGUAUUCUCAGGAAAUGUUAAUAUGUGCUUUUAACUUAUUCAAAGGUCAAAAUCUAAAACUUUGAAUAUGACUGAGAUAAAUUGAAUACAAUUUUAAAUUAAUAAACAAAUUCAAAUUUAGAUAAAAAAAAAUGUACAUCAAAUGUGGAUUUGUAUCUUGGCCACAAAAAUGAAGAAAAAAGCCUUUUGCUCAUGGCAGAUGAUGUUAGUCUGUGUGCUAAUAACAGUUUUCACUCAACUGGUUCACAAAGUUCACAUGCAGAGUUUAUAUUAAGCUCUAUUAUUAAAUAUUGUUUAAUCAGUUUUAUAUAUAAAUGUUGUGCGUCAACAAACUGUGAAAAACUUGACUGAACAUAAUUUCAUGGAAAUUUUAAACAAUUUUGAAUGUUCAUAAUCUGUCAUUGUGUAUUGCACGUCAUUUUUCAUAAUGCAUUGUAUUUCUGUAACUUUCACACAUAUGUUCUGUAUUUGACAGUUCAUCAUUUCUGGAUACCCAUAAUGUACUGCUGCACUUCUGCUUGCAUAUGACCAAUCUGUCUUCAAUAAGCACUUUAUAUUUUUAUCUAUGAAUGUACUUGAUAAGUAGAUAUUAAACUGUGGAAUCAGGAUUUAUUUUUGA